UUAGACAGACAUCAAAGAGAGCGAUAUCAUUAUAUAGAAAGCCAGGCUGACCAUCACACAUACAGACAGACACAGUCACGGACACGGCGUGGAGAGAGAGAGAGAGAGAGAGAGAGAGAGAGAGAGAGAGAGAGAGAGAGAGAGAGAGAGAGAGAUCCCAGCCCAGCAGGGAGCAGCCCUAGGAUGGCGGGUCGAGAAAGAAAGAGCAUUCCCAUAGGUAUUGAUUUAGGAACCUCUUUCUGUUGUGUAGGAGCAAUGUGCAAUGGCAAAGUGGAGAUCAUACCCGACCUUGAGGGAAAGCGGGUCACUCCGUCAUACGUGGGAUUCUCUAAGGAGAACAGGUGGUUGGGAGAGGCAGCGAGGUGGCAGUAUUUCAAAAAUCCAAAAAGCACUUUCUUCCAAGUGAGGCGGUUGAUUGGUCGAAAGUUCACGGACAGAGGGGUUACGAGGGACGCUCAGCGGUGGCCAUUCGAAGUCAAAGAGGGUCAAAACGGAGGGGUAGUAUUAUGGGCGGACAGUGUGCAGAAGGAGUUCACCCCCGAGGAGAUCUCUGCGCACUUGUUGGCGUACAUGAAAGAAAUCGCCGAGAAGUUCCUCACUACCGAAGACGAAACGCCCAUCAUUAAGGACGCUGUGAUUACGGUGCCGGCCUACUUCAACGACGCGCAGAGGCAGGCGACGAAGGACGCGGCGAGCAUCGCCGGGUUGAAUGUGCUGGAGCUGAUGAACGAGCCUACGGCCGCCGCUCUUGUGUUUGCUCACGAGAAGGUGUUCAGGUUGGGAAAGAGGACAGUGUUGGUGUGCGAUUUGGGUGGAACGACUUUUGACGUCUCGGUAAUGACGGUCGAAGACUUCGAUUUCAGGGUGAUAGCCGUGGGGGGAGACGCCAAUCUGGGCGGGACUGACUUCGACCGCAGACUGAUCGACUACGUGAGCGACGAAUUCGAGCGGCAGGUGCCGGGAUCGAACCCACGUUCGACCGUCAAACUGCGGCGCAAUAUCCGAGAAGCUUGCAUUCAAGCGAAGAUCGACCUCUCCCAGAUGCAUUCGACCAGUAUCCUAAUCCAAAAUGGCAACGACGAUUUCGAGUUGAAUAUAACCCGCCCCAAGUUCGAGGAGCUGAACGUGGAUCUCUUCCAUAAGUGCAUCGAAUGCGUUGAGAGGGCGCUCAUCGAUGCGCAGCUGACCAAGGAACAAGUCACGGACGUUGUGCUGGUCGGCGGCUCGUCGAGGAUUCCGUACGUGCAAGAUCUUCUGGAGAUAUUCAUGGGGCUCAAGCCCUUCAUGUGUGUACACGCCGACGAGGCCGUCGCCCGUGGCGCCACCAUCCAGGCAUCGUUGAGGAUCGCAAAGGUGUGGGAGUCCUAUAAGCGUCGUGCUGAGCUCCCGAGGGAGAGCAUUCCCGUAGGUAUAGAUCUGGGAACCUCCUUCUGUUGUGUAGGAGCAAUGCGCAACGGCGAUGUGCAGAUCGUACCCAACCUUGUGGGAAGGCGGAUUACUCCGUCAUACGUGGCGUUUAGUGAGACGAAGGUGUUGGUAGGAGAGGCGGCGCAGUCGUCUUAUGAAAAGAAUCCAGAAAACUGUUUCUUCGAGGUCAGGAGGUUGAUUGGUCGAAAGUUCAGUGACCGUGAGGUAAGGAUGGGAGCUCGUGGGUGGCCGUUCAAGCUUAAAGAGGGUCCAAAUGGAGGAGUAUUGUUACGGGCGAACAGCCUGCAGAAGGACUUCACCCCGGAGGAGAUCUCGGCGCACUUAUUGACUCACAUGAAAGAAGUCGCGCAUAAGUUUUUCGCUACAGAGGACGGAGAUAGAAGGCCCAUCGUUAAGGACGCGGUAGUUACGGUGCCGGUCUACUUCAACGACGCACAGAGGCAGGCGACUAAGGACGCGGCGGCUAUGGCCAGGUUGAAUGUGCUGGAGCUGAUGCUCGAACCUGCGGCCGUCGCUCUUGCGUUUGCGUUUCAGGAGAAGUUCAGGGCGGGAAAGAGGACAGUGUUGGUGUGCGAUCUAGGUCGAAACACUUUUGAUGUCUCGAUACUGAGGAUCGAAGACUUCGCUUUCGAUGUAAUGGCCGUCGGGGGAGAUGCACAAUUGGGCGGGGCGGAUUUCGACGGCAGACUGAUCGACUACGUGAGCGACAAAUUCGACCGGCAGAUGCCGGGAUCGAACCCACGUUCGAGCGUCAAACUGCGGCGAAAAAUCCGGGAAGCUUGCAUUCAAGCGAAGAUCGACCUCUCCCAGAUGCAUUCGACCAACAUCAUGAUCGAAGAUGGCGACGACGAUUUCGAGUUGACGAUAACCCGCGCCAUGUUCGAGGAGUUGAACAUGGAUCUCUUCAACAAGUGCAUCGAGUGCAUUGAGAGGGUUCUCAGCGGCGCGAAGCUGAAGAAGCAAGCAGUCACGGAGGUUGUGCUUGUCGGCGGAUCGUCCAGGAUUCCCUAUGUGCAACGGAUGGUGGAGAAUUUCAUGGGCAAGAAGCCCUUGAUGUGGCUACACCCGGACGAAGCCGUCGCCAGAGGUGCUGCAAUCCAGGCGUCGUUGAGGAUCGCAGAGGUGCAGGAGUCGUUUAAAUCUGAUAAGCCGGAGGAGUCGUAUAAGUGUGAUGAGGAGGAGGUUUAUAAGUGUGAUGAGCAGGAGGAGGAGGCUUAUAAAUGUGACGAGGUCCAGGGGGAGGUUGUUGGUACCGAUGUCGUGCCGUUCAACAUUUGCUUACAUCUGAACAAUGGUAGCAUGCGCGGGCUAAUUAAGAAGAAUAGCAAGAGGCCGGCCAUCGGGAAGUGCACGCUUGUCGCGAGUCGCGACAACCAGACCAGUCUGCUACUUCCGGUCUAUCAGGGAGAGGGCGAUUUCUUCGUGGAGAACGUUUACCUGGCAUCUUUCAGCGUGUCGGGGCUCGAACCCGCGCCGAGGGGACACGUAAAGGUGGAGGUGACAUUCCGCGUGGACGGGAACGGGAUCCUCACUGCGACGGCUGUGGCUUUGAGAGGUCACGCGCCAGGCAGAGCCAUGUCUGUCACAGUCAUUGCAGAGGCGGGCAUGCAGUCAGCAGAUUGCGGGAUUUGUCUGCGCAGUGGAAGAGUACAACAGAGAAGAAAUCGUGAGAAGGAAGAACGAGCUCAGGUAGAGUAACCAGAACUCGCCACUGUUAGAGCAUACUCACAC